AUGCCUAUUUUAAAAGUGCCGGUGCAUUAUAACUUUGGCAUUGUGUCCCCUGAAGAGCACGAAAAGCUCCAUCAGAGACUGGUGACUGAAUAUCUGAAAAAAUGUUCAGCUGAUUUCAAGAUAAAACCACUUCGAAAUCCAUUUGAACUUACUGAAAAAUUUAUUGAGAAUUUCAAUAAUGCCUCAGAAACAGAAAGAAAGGAAGCAUUCAUAGACCUGGCUAAAAAAAUGCUUGCUAGAUGCAAGAGACGAUUGGGGCUCAACGUAUUAGGCUGUGGGAAGUAUGUGAAUCUUCCAGUAGCAUGGACUGAGGCAAUAAUGUUAUCCCAGUGCAAAGGAGAAAUUAGUGAAGAAGCUCUUGAGAUUCUUGGAAUUUCAUUGGAUCAUGCCCCUAUUGCUCCAGAACACAUCAGUAUUUUAUUUUUUGUAGCUGAAUGCAUUUUGUAUAAACUCUGUUAUGAUGCAGCACAGAAACCAUAUCUAUUCUCAUGUGAAAUCAAAUUGUUGAAGCUUGGAUUUUUAGUCUUUUUAAGACUAUUUCUGCUAUAUUUAUUUGGUUACCAGAGGUUUUCCGAAGAACACAAAUCCAGGCUUCACACUGGCUUGAAAGCAUUAGCAGCAUGUGAAAUGUGCUAUCAACUUUACCCAAACAUUCUUUUUAUGGUGCAAUUUAUGCUGAAGACUGGAGAAAUUAUCUGUGAAACAGCAGUGGUUUCUGAAUCACAAUUAGAAUCCCAGGAAAAUUUAGAAGAAAUGGAGGAAAAACCACUUCUUGACACAACAUCCAUGAAUGCUAGAUCAGCAGCUGAGUUAAAUUCCAAACAAAAGCAAUUCAGAAUUAAGCAAUUUCUUUGGCACAGCCUUCUUGUUUGGGUUUGUGUACAUAACAGCAGCUCUGAAAUAGAUGCAGUCCUCAUGCAUGUCCUAUUCUAUAAGGAACAGCUUCAUCAAAAAAACUGGUUGGAAUCAGUACUGGCCUUGAUGGUACUGGGAGAAAGUGCCAAAUUAAACAUGUCAUGUCUGAAAGUUUUAAUGGACCUAGUAAAAUAUUUUAUUUCAAGCUCUGUGCCUCUUCAAAAACAGGAAAAGAAUAACAAGAAAAAGAUGUCAUGUUGGAACUGGCAAGUAGGAUACAUAUAUACAAAUAUCCUGAGAGAAAUCUGUUUGCAUGGCAUUAAUGCAGAUUUACAAAAAACUGCUUUUCUUGGAUUCUGUGACUGUGGAAAGGAACAUGAUAAUGACAAAGAAUUAAGAGGAGCAAAUUUUCCUGAUCUUUUGAACUUCUGCCUUCCAUCUGAUGACUAUAACGAUCCCUUCUGGGUUAUACGUUAUGGUGUGAUCUACAAUCUUGUUAUCCUGCGUAGUGAACUCUCAGGAGAUGUGAAUCGAGAAGGAUUAAGAAAUGCUGUCUGGCGAACUUUACAAAAACAAAAGGGUACUGAAAAGGAUAGUCGAGUCCUAGAUGCAGCAAAAGUAGCAGAGGUUGAAGCCAAAGGUCAAAUAAACACUUUCCUUUCAUCAAAAGAGCCAUCAAAUUUUAUCUAUCUCUUGUCACCCCAAUGCAUUGGUUGGAGAGUCACUACUGCCAUGUGCCAUCACUUCCUGCCACCCAUUGGUCCUAAUAUCCCUUUGUCUUAUCUGCCUAAGAGGAAGCCAGUAUUAUUGCCACAUCAAAAAUUGGAGCCAGUGGUUACAGAGAAGAAAAACAAACGCUUGUCUUUAAG